ACAGCUUUCUUUGCCAGGAAUUAACUACACUACUUUUAACAAAGUGGACUAUUAACUACUGGGUGAAGGACUUCCAGAACUUUCUGCCUCUCCUCUGAUCUACAGAAUGGAGUUUACAUGUGACCAGUGUGGAAAAGCAUGGCCAAAUGCUUCCAAACUGAAAAGACACUUCAGAACUCACAGAGGAAAAAAAACAUACAGCUGUGACCAGUGUGGGAAGAAAUUUAAAGAGUCUACUGCACUCGAAAGACAUUUGAAAAUCCACACCGGAGAAAAAACAUUUGAAUGUGACCAGUGUGGGAAGGAAUUUACACAGUCCGGAAGCCUCUCUAAACAUAUGAGAAUCCACACAAGAGAAAAGCCAUACAGCUGUGAUGUCUGUGAGAAGACAUUUUCAGUGUCAUGCAACCUUGUAUCACAUAUGAGAGUCCACACCGGAGAGAAGCCAUUUGAAUGUGACAAGUGUGGGAAAGAAUUUAAAGCGCCUGGUACACUAAAAAGACAUAUGAAAAUCCACACAGGAGAAAAGCCUUACAGAUGUGAGGUUUGUGACAAAACAUUUUCACUGUCAAGCAGCCUUGUAACACACAUGAGAAUCCACACCGGAGAGAGGCCAUACAAGUGUGGGCAGUGUGGGAAGGAAUUUACAAAGUCUGAUGCACUCAAAAAACAUAUGAGAAUCCACACAGGAGAGAAACCAUAUGAAUGUGACCAGUGUGGGAUGGAAUUUAAAUGGCUUGAUGCACUCAAAAGACAUAUGAGAAUCCACACAGGAGAAAAGCCAUACAACUGUUCUAUCUGUGACAAGACAUUUUCACAGUCAGGCACCUUGACAUCACAUAUGAGAGUCCACACCAGAGAGAGGCCAUACAAGUGUGAACAGUGUGGGAAGGAAUUUACAAAGUCUGAUACACUCAAAAAACAUACGAAAAUCCACACAGGAGAAAAGCCAUACAGAUGUGAGGUUUGUGACAAGACAUUUUCAGUGUCAAGCAGCCUUGUAACACACAUGAGAAUCCACACUGGAGAGAAGCCAUUCAAGUGUGGGCAGUGUGGGAAGGAUUUUACAAGGUCUGAUGCACUCGAAAUACAUAUGAGAAUCCACACAGGAGAGAAACAAUAUGCAUGUGACCAGUGUGGGACGGAAUUUAAACGCCUUGAUGCACUCAAAAUACAUAUGAGAAUCCACACAGGAGAGAAACCAUACAACUGUUAUGUCUGUGACAAGACAUUUUCAGUGUCAGGCACCUUGACAUCACAUAUGAGAGUCCACACCAGAGAGAGGCCGUACAAGUGUGAGCAGUGUGGGAAAGAAUUUAAAGAGUCUCGAGCACUUAAAAGACAUAUGAGAAUCCACACAGGAGAGAAACCAUACAGAUGUGAUGUUUGUGACAAGACAUUUUCAUUGUCAAACAGCCUUGUAAUACAUAUGAGAGGUCACACUGGAGAGAGGCCGUACAAGUGUGAGCAGUGUGGGAAAGAAUUUAAAGAGUCUACUUCACUCAAAAGACAUAUGAGAAUCCACACAGGGGAAAAAACAUACAGAUGUGAUGUUUGUGACAAGACAUUUUCAGUGUCAAGCAGCCUUGUAUCACAUAUGAGAAUCCACACAGGAGUGAGGCCAUACAAGUGUGAGCAGUGUGGGAAAGAAUUUAAAGAGUCUCGAGCACUUAAAAUACAUAUGAGAAUCCACACAGGAGAGAAACCAUACAGAUGUGAUGUUUGUGACAAGACAUUUUCAUUGUCAAGCAGCCUUGUAAUACAUAUGAGAGUUCACACUGGAGAGAGACCAUAUGAAUGUGACCAGUGUGGGAAAGAAUUUAAAGAGUCUACUUCACUCAAAAGACAUAUGAGAAUCCACACUGGAGAAAAACCAUUUGAAUGUGACCAGUGUGGGAAUCAAUUUAAACAGUCCAGUGACCUCCGUAAACAUAUGAGAGUCCACACAGGAGAGAAACCAUACAGAUGUGAUGUUUGUGACAAGACAUUUUCAGUGUCAAGCAGCCUUGUAAUACAUAUGAGAGUCCACACAGGAAGGAGGCCAUUUGAAUGUGCCCAGUGUGGGAAAGAAUAUAAACAGUCCAGUGACCUCCGUAAACAUAUGAGAGUCCACACAGGAGAGAAACCAUACAGAUGCAAUGUUUGUGACAAGACUUUUUCCUUGUCAUGCAGCCUUGUAUCACAUAUGAGAAUCCACACAGGAAGGAGGCCAUACAAGUGUGAGCAGUGUGGGAAAGAAUUUACACUGCCUGGUACACUCAAAACACAUAUGAGAAUCCACACAGGAGAAAAACCAUUUGAAUGUGACCAGUGUGGGAAUCAAUUUAAACAGUCCAGUGACCUCCGUAAACAUAUGAGAGUCCACACAGGAGAGAAAUCAUACAGAUGUGAUGUUUGUGACAAGACAUUUUCAGUGUCAAGCAGCCUUGUAAUACAUAUGAGAGUCCACACUGGAGAGAGGCCAUACAAGUGUGAGCAGUGUGGGAAAGCUUACACUGCAUCAUUCAGUCUCAAGAGACACAUGAGAAUUCACUUGUUCCAGAAUGAAGAGAAAAGCUGCAGCUCUGACCAGUGUGGAAGGACUUUGAGAAAACGUACUCAUGUGAAGGUGCACCGUCUUGAACACACUAAAGGAGACAGAGCUGCUGAGGCCGGAUCAUGUGAAUCUAAAGUCAGACUCAAAAAGCUGGAGAUCAGGCUUCAGAGACUCCAGACUGUGGAGAUGAGCUCUGUGUAG